CUCCUCUAAGAAGCUUUAGUUACUUCUUUGUGAUUUCUUUAAUUCAUAACAAAACAUAACCAUGGAGUCGAAAUCUUCUUCUUCUCUUCCAUUGUUUACUCUGUUCAACUUGUUCCUCAUAAGUUUUUGCAGAUGGGUUUAUUCUACUCGCAUCUUUUUAUCAAGAUUCGUCCCUCUUCUUCAACAUCAUCAACGUGUUUUCGACAAAAAUAACAACAAAGAUCAACAAGAGAGUUUAAUCAAACACAUAGAACAAGAAGAACAACAUGAUGAUCUUUCUAGGGAAGAUGCAGAGAUGGUUAUGAGAAGUUUAUCACUUUUUUCCGACCAAGAAAGCGAUGAUCAGCUUCAAGAACGGUACACUGCGAAAGAAGUUUCGAGUUUGUUCGAAGAGAAAGAAGCGAGUUUGGAAGAAGUGAAACAAGCUUUCGAUGUGUUUGAUGAAAACAGAGAUGGUUUCAUUGAUGCUAUAGAGUUACAAAAAGUUUUGACAAUCUUAGGUUUUAAAGAAGGAGCUUACUUAGACAAUUGCUUGGUAAUGAUUAGGUCAUUCGAUGUAAACAAAGACGGAAAAAUCGAUUUUAACGAGUUUGUGAAAUUCAUGGAGAAUAGUUUUUGUUGAAUCAUGAUUCUUUUAAUGACAUUUAUUCCUUUAUU